UUCAUCUAGGGUCUGUUUGCACCUGCUGGUCUGACUCUGUAGCAGCUAAAACCCCCAAGCUUCAGAACUAAUGGUCCCAAAGGGGCCAUGACGGCAGAGAGAAGGGAGGAAGACAAAGAAAAAAAUGACCUCAGAACCCAGCCCCAAAUAUUGUGUUUAUUUAUUCUCUGCCUCCUGCAAUAAUAGAGUGUUGUUUCAUUGCUGGCAGAUGCAAAAUAACAAGCCCAUUGUGUGUGGCUCUGGAGCACAUAUGUCACCCAUUUGUCUUGGAGCCUGACUGGGCGCUCUGCCCUGCUCACAGGAAGCCCUCCCUGACAGCAGAACGCCAUACAAGCCUGAUAAUUGCCCUUCGCAGGGGAGGAUCCGCCAGAAACACUGCCUUCCCUUCCUCCACACCACUGAUAGGAUGGGCAGGGCAUUCUAGCUUCUCCUUACUCCCACAGCCCUAACAGCCCCCCACUGCACCCCACCCCUGCCAAGCCAGCUGCUGCCCAUUGCUCUACUGGGAACUCACAGCAGGGGUAUGUAAAGACCAGAGGGAAGCACCCUUGGGAGGCAGUAGAGCACAGUGAUUAAGAGACAAGACUCAGUGAGGUCUGGGUUCAAAUCCUGCCUCUACCACUUAGCAGAGGAGUGAACUUGCUUCCCCUCUUCUAGGCCCCAUUUCCCCCGUAGAAUAGGGAUGGUAACAACACCUUCCUCUAGAGGUGCUGUGAGGACUAAAUGAGUUGAUGAUUCUAAUAUUAGCCCUUAACACAGAGCCACUCCCCCAGUAAGUUCUGGGUAUUUGUACUUGGUGGUGGUGGCUGAUGAAAUAGAUUCCCAAAAAGCCCCUGGAAAGGGAAUAGGGGCCAGAGACUGAAAACGGGCAUCAAGUGGGGACUGAACUAAUAGGCCAGAAAGGAGCUGGAAGGAGCUGGAACCUCGCAAUCAAUGAGAAGCCCCCAGCGGGCACUACAGUUCCAUGGCAAUUUCAUGUGGCAAUUUCAUGUGGGUUGUCCUUGACCUUGUAUGCCGACAUAAACCAGCCGCAGGGCCCGUGGGAAGACCAGAUUGGAAAAAUUAAGUGGAAGUUCUUUGUCAAGGAACCAAAUGGUUUUCUUCAUCCUUUCUUUGAUUGCCAAAAUCCUUGUCUUAUCUACAAGACCCUCAUAGGCCCAGGUGGAAGACCACUUUGUAUCUGAAACCAGUGGUUCCCAACGGGAACUGAUUGUCACAGCGGUCACCUUGCUGCUGGCCUCUAGUUGGCAGAGCCCCUGGAUGCGGCUAAACGUCCUAUAGUGCACAGGACAGACUCCACAACAAAGAUUGUGUGGCCCCAAAUAUCAAUAGUGCCUACAGCCAAACAUUGUUGCCUGGAUUAAAACAAAUCUCUCUUCCCUGUGUACUCUUCAGACACCUUGUUUGAGCCUGUGUUGGGGCACUGGCCUGCCUCUACCCAGUGUUGUAGGUAGCUGGUGGCCUCCUGGGACAGCAGAAAGGGCACAGGGUCUAAAUCCUGGCUCAGUCAUCCACUGGCUAGGACCCAGAAACAGUUAUUUAGCUUCUCUGAGACCAUCUCCUCAUCUGAAAAAUGGAAGUUAGAAUCCCUAUUUGCAAGGAUAUGGUAAGGAUUACAUAAAACACUCUAUGUAAAGCACAUAGAGUGUUGGCACACGUGCUCUAAAUAAGUUACAGGGACAUGUCUUACUAGCUACAGCCCAGGAGGCCUCAGUAAUGUCUUGCUUAUCUCUGCAGCGCCUGUGGCAUUGUCGGCUGUUCCAGGCACAUAGUAGACACUCAGAAAUUGUUAUUAAACUAAAGUGUAGUCUUUCAUGGAAGCCAAGUCUCCAGAAAUAAACCCAGCCCACCUCGUGGACCUAGAGUCCUACAAAUGUAAGUGGUUUUGAUUAGUGUUCAGGAUGCACCAACAUCUCAGGCUGUUUCUCCCUGUCUUCAAGUCUCGGGCCCUUCCCUUCAACAGGGAGGCUGAGAUUGGCAUGGUGAUUCUUUGUGGGACCGCCAGAAGCCCUGGCCACUGCUUGGGAGCAACUACUGCAGCUUGGCCAUUCCUGGCUGACUGGCUCGAUAACCCGCCACCAGUCAAACAUCUGCUACUGUGCGUGGAGAUAAAAGUCAAAGGAAACGCCAGUUUCCUAAUAAGAGGGAUGCAAGUCUGCAUGAGUAUAAUCUGCCUGGAAAAUGAGAGGGACAUGACCAGAUUGAACAGCGCCUUCCUAAAUACACACCCUGUCCACACCCGCUGAUACAGCUCAGCCACAGCCUGAAACUAAUAGGGGAAGACCACUUCUACCCCUUGCACUUCAAAGCUUCCAGUGGCUCAUCUACUACCAGCUUCUCCCCUGCUAGAAAAGAUAUCAGGGACGGCACCCUGGGCCAGGAGGGAGACCUGAGUGCAAAUGUGGUCCCUGCCUCUAACUGGCUGUGCAAUUUUAAGCAAGUCCCAUCACCUCUCUGAGCCUUAGUUUCCCAUCUGUGAAAUGAAACAUGGACAAGAAGGAUCCUUCCCAUCUGUGAUAUUCCGUGCUCUUUCUGUGGCCAGUCAUGGCUUCACUCCCACAUAGGCCUGCUCAAUGCCAUAGCGACAAACCCUGAUCUAUUCCACACCCAGCCCUUACUGCUCCUCCACGCCUCGAUCUCCUAUUACUGUAGGAGGUGGCCCCCAGAGAAUGGCAGGGUAGAGCUAUCUCCUUAACUGUUAAAGUUCUCUGGAAUAAACACAAUGAGUCCUGCCCUCUCCCAGCCCGCCCAGGCCAGGCCAGGCUGCCCAGGAAGUAUCAGGUGGGGACUCAGAUUGCAAAGAUACAUGGCGACACAGACACUCUGCCAGCCCACAGGAAUCCAGGCCAAGAAUAGAUAAGCUUCUACCAAGCAUGCAUCAUAAUUGCUAGGUGUCUAAGAACUAACAGCUCCAGGUACAACACUGCUCUUAGUUGCUUCCUCCAAAUCCCUUAAUAAAAGGGAUCCAGGCACACCAUUGAACGAAAAGAACUCCACUUAAGAACCCCUCAGCUGUCUCAUGCCUGAAUCCCCCUUCCCUCCAGGCCCCCAGCACUCUCACUGGGCAGUGCCCAGGUCACAUCCGCUCCAGGGCUUGCCCUGACACUCAAAGGGCUGCAUCUCCCCUGCACAGGGCUUUCUUUCCUAUGCGACCUAGAGCACAACGCUGCUGUCUGCCGGCAGCCCUGCACUCUCGGCUAAGAGCGAGGCACAAGGUGGCCGAGAGGAAAGAACACAAACUCUACGGUUGGAAUCCCAGCUGUGCCGACACGGGCAAGGUAUAAUCCUUAACCUCUUUGCAUCUCAGUUUGUUCAUCCGUAAACUGGUGGCAGCAACACUCACCUUGUAAGAGUUUUCUGAGGGGUUAAAAGCAACUGUAUGUGAAGUGCCUGACCUAUACUAGGUGCUCAGAAAAGGGUACUAUGUUUAUAGGCACUUCACCCACUUGGCUGAAUAAUGCGGUUCCAGGCAUGGAACACAGGAACAGCUUGAGAAAGACACAAUUUAAAACUAGAAGCUCUUUUGGCACUUUAUUCUUAGUGAAUUGGAUUCCCUUUGGAUUCGGGAAGAAUAGACUUAUUCUCCUCUAAGGAUGUUGCAUUCGAUUCAGACGGGUGCAAAAUCCAUGGAGAACUCGGAUUUUGUCCUGAGAACCCCAGAGUGGAGGUCAGACCCACGCGGAUUUAGGUUUUCAGGUUAUCUGAAGCAAGUCACUUCACUGGUCAGACCGGAUCGCAGUGGUUCUCAAGCGCAGCUGCACAUCAGCAUCACCUGGGAGCUUUUCCAACCCAUGGGCGUGCAAGCCCCACCCCAAAGCAAUUUCACCAGAAUCUCUGCUGGGGGAGGCCCGGGUAUCACUACUUUUAAGAGCUCCCCGGAUGAUUCUAAUGUGAGGUGCACCGGACAGGAACUCUCUAAGAUCCCUCCCAGGCAUCCUGGAGCCUACAACAAUGUAUGAUUCAAAAUAGACACUUAGGAUGUGUGGGUUGAAUAAAUGAAUAAAGAUUCUGACUCAUCUCUUUGCUAUUUCCAUAUUCACAAUGUAUGAGAUAAAAGAAGAGAGUUGAAUUCCAAGAAUCAAUGCUAUCCAAUAGAAAUUUCUGCAAUGAUGGAAAUGAUGGAAAUGUUCUAUAAUCUAUGCUGUUCAAUACUGUAGCCAUACGUUGUAUGUGGCUACUGAGAACUUAAAAUGUGGAUAGUGUGAGAAAGGAACUGAAUUUUUAAUUUGUUUUAAUGUUAAUUAAAUAGCCACAUAUGACUCCUGGCGGCCAUAUUUGACAAUGCAGACAUAAGAGUGUGUGCCUUUUAUAAACACAUCUAUAUCUGUGCACCCCCACAUCCUCUUUUACUAACAGUACCCCAUUUUUACUUAGGGCAGCCCCCUGACCCCACUGCCUACAGUCUUUGGGGUCAGCUAGUGAAGUUGCCCUGCCCUUCUCCAGCCAAGAGGUAGGCCCAGGAUCCAAGCUAAGGCAACGCGACUCUCCUCUCAGGGAACUUGAUCUAGCUUCAGUGUCACAGAAUAGAAAACUGGAGCAGAUCAAUACCAAUGUGGACGUCCCGAAACACUGCGUUAGUUUCAGAACAUGAGUCCAGAGUGUGACAAUAACAACACUGAUAGCCAAUGGGAGCUGGGCAGCAUCGUCACCCCUCUCACCAUUAAAGUCACCUGUACCGAACAGCUCAGCUCUCAUCUGCCAGCUCCUGAACUAGGGGCUUCAGUUGCCUAGCUUCCCUACGCAUCAUUUCUUCAUCUGUAAAAUGGUAAUUUACUCAUUCUAACUUUGUCCAGAGUUUUUGUGAAGACAGAUAAUGAACACAAGAGCUUUGAGCCCAAGUAAGGAGUUACCCAAGCGCCCGUGAGAAGUGUUGUUCUCUCGGUAUAAGGGUUGGGGAAUCAUGGGAGGGUUUGAUGCAGAACCCAGUAUCUGGGCCCAGUUCAUGACCUGUGGAACACCAGGCAAGACACUUAUCCUCUCUGGGCUUUCAGCUUAAAUGUGAUUGAGUUAGACACAUCCCUUGCCAGUUUCACUAUUUUCUAAUCUAUUUGCAUGCCUGUCCCACCUUGCCUGACACUUACCCGCUCCUACUUCUGGGAACACAUCCUAGAAAACUCUCUAGACUAGACCAUGCUGGCCUUGAACUCAACUCAUUUCUUCUUCCCCUAGCAACCAGGGAGCUGCCCUGGGUAAGCUCCCAUAGCUUUGUGUACUAAGCCUCUGACAAAGCACUUUACUGGAAUCAUGUUUAACCAUCUUCUCCACUAGCUGACCAUAGGUCUAGUAGGUCAAAAAACCUCUUAUCCAUCACUCUAUUCCCCAGUGCCUAGUACAGAGCCAGCCACAUUGAAGGUGCUCAAUAAGUACUUACUGUCUGAAUGAAUGCCCCAAGUCUAUCUUACUGUUUGUUAUUUCAGGAAAUCCACAGGAUUAGUUAUCUAAUGCUGUAUAACAAAGUACCCCAAAACUUACUGACUUAAAACAACAAUGAUCCUUUAUCACUCAUUUUCCGUGGGAAAUUUAGACAGGGCACAGCAAGGUUGGCAUGUCUCUGCUCCAAGUUCAGGACCUCAUCUGGAAGAUUCAAAGGCUGGGGGCUGGAAUUGCCUCAGUUCCCCACCUACGGUACCUGGUGAUUGAUGCUGGCUGUGACCUGAGAGCCUAGCUGGAGAUGUCAGCCAGAAUACCCCAUGUCGCCAUAUUGUGAGGUGGCUUAGGCUUCCUCACAAUACGGUGGCUGGGUUCUAACGGUGGGUGUCCUGAGGAAGUAAGAAAAUGACAGGAGGAAUGUCUCUUUUUCAUGACCUAGGCUUACCGGGUACAUUGCAUCACUUCCACCAUAUUCUGUUCAUUAGAAGCCACUAAGUCCAGCGCGUGCUCCAGGGGAGGGGAAAUAGACUCUGUCUUUCGGAAGGAAAAGUGGUAAAGAACUUGCAAACAGAUUUUAAACUACCACAACCAUUUCAGGCAAAGUGCAGGGUAAAAGCUAAGUGUCUGAAGAAGUAAGACUUCGGUUCAAAUUAUUAGCUGUGUGAUCUAGGGAAAUCCCUCUCUGAGACUCGGUUUCCCCACCUGUACAAUGUACAGGUUUCAGUUGCUGCUGGUUUUUACCUGCUUGGAGUCUUCUCGCCUCAGUGAGCAUAAGAAUCCCUCUUAACUAGCUUUCUUGAAGUCCUGUGACCCAUCCUAUCACGGAUCAUCCUUGGUUUCUGACCAUGGAAGCAGCAAGAGGUUGUUAUUGGAGCUCUGGGGACCGAGAAAGUUCGGACACCAGUGAUAACUUUAAGAAACAGAUGGGGAACCACUGAGAACCUCAAAUUCUCCAAGGCCUUCCCAGCCCCAGCCCAAAAUGGAAACCUCAGCUUGUCAGAGAAGGGGAUGGUGAGAAACUCCGAAACCACAGACCUAAAGAAGCCGAAUCUGCCCGCCGGGGCCUAGGAAUCUGCAUUUACCCCCAGGAAACUUAUUCACACGAACUCUUGGUGGGAGAGAGGGGAGGAGUCUUAAAGCACACAGGGCUGUCUGUCUCAGUUUAGAGAAGUUCCUGGUUUAUGCUCCCUGUUGGUGCCUUUUCCGCGUUACAGUUCCGAGGAGGGGGAGGGGACGUUGGGUCUCCGCCAUCCUGGGCCCGCGCACAAUGGGCCGAACUUUCACCUUCUUCUGGGCGGGCUGACCGUCGCCAACCAUAGCGUCCCACUCCCAUAGGUUCCAGUCCCAAGACCCUAGGGUGCAGCCUGCCCUCUGCCAGGGGCGCGGGGUCGCACAGAGCCGUGUCCAGGGAGGCGGAUUGAGUGCGAACCCUGAGCAUCCUGCUCCCACUGGUGCAGGUCUUGGGGUGGAAGCGAGUGGCUUUCAACACUUGCACUUCCAGAGGCAGUGACCCUAAGCUCCACACUUCUACCUUUAAGGACCGCGCGCGCCUGGAGGGCUCUAUGCUCACUCGGCUGACAGAAGGGGGGGCUGAGGCCCACAGAGGGAAGUGACCUAUUAAAUGACCCACAGGAAAACCGACGCUGAAUCCAGUCUAGAACCCCGGUCUUCCAGGCCAUGCUCUCGCUGAGGGUCCCUGCGAGGUGCUCCCCUUACGAAAUUCCCGACCGCGGCCCUUCCGAGCCCGGAAUCUCCCUGGAGUCUGCGCACCGUUUGGCUCGUUGUAAACUUCCUCCGCAGCUUUGCAGCAGCUUCACGGUGCCGGGAGAGAAGGCUGGUGUGUGGCACACCUUCCGUGAGCCACGUAUUUCUCCCUGCCUCCUGAUACAUCCUUCCACCCCCGUCAAGGACGUGGGGAUGCCAGGGGGGAAGAAAGUGGUCGGUGGUGGCGGCAGCAGUGCUGCCUCCACUGUUGCCACUGCCGCCCCCUCUGGAGUCAGGCGUUUGGAGACCAGCGAAGGGGCGUCAGCCCAGAGAGAUGAUGAGCCAGAGGAGGAUGGCGACGAGGACCUGCGAGAGGGAGGCGUCCCUUUCUUCGUCAACCGGGGUGGGCUGCCUGUGAACGAGGCCACCUGGGAAAGGAUGUGGAAGCAUGUAGCCAAGAUCCACCCCGAUGGAGAGAAGGUGGCCCAGCGGAUCCGUGGGGCCACGGACCUGCCCAAGAUUCCUCUACCGACUGUGCCUACCUUCCAGCCCUCCACACCUGUCCCCGAGCGCCUGGAAGCUGUGCAGCGCUACAUCAGGGAGCUGCAGUACAAUCACACAGGGACCCAAUUCUUUGAAAUUAAGAAGAGCAGACCCCUCACUGGGCUGAUGGACCUGGCCAAGGAAAUGACCAAAGAGGCUCUGCCAAUCAAAUGCCUGGAAGCGGUGAUCCUGGGAAUUUACCUCACCAACAGCAUGCCCGCCCUGGAACGCUUCCCCAUCAGCUUCAAGACCUACUUCUCAGGGAACUCCUUCCGCCACAUUGUGCUGGGGGUGAACUUCGGGGGCCGCUACGGGGCCCUGGGCAUGAGCCGACGUGAGGACCUGAUGUACAAGCCGCCGGCCUUCCGCACGCUCAGCGAGCUAGUGCUGGAUUACGAGGCCGCCUACAGCCGCUGCUGGCACGUGCUGAAGAAGGUGAAGCUGGGCCAGUGCGUGUCCCACGACCCGCACAGCGUGGAGCAGAUUGAGUGGAAGCACUCGGUCCUGGACGUGGACAAACUGGGCCGCGAGGACUUCCGCAAAGAGCUCGAGCGGCACGCGCGUGACAUGCGGCUCAAGAUUGGCAAAGGGACCGGCCCUCCCUCCCCCACCAAGGAUCGGAAGAAGGAUGUGUCCUCACCACAGCGGAGCCAGUCCAGCCCCCACCGCAGGAACAGCCGCAACGAAAGGCGGCCUUCGGGUGAGAAGAAGCCUUCUGAGCCCAAAGCCAUGCCAGACCUCAACGGGUACCAGAUCCGGGUGUGAGGCGGGUGGCAGCACCCCAGCCUCGCCCACUUCUGGGGGCCAGGAUCCACCUGCCAGAACCAGCCCGGCUCGUGGGGAAGGAAGGGCUGGUGAUAGGGCAGGGCCGGGGGCAGCCGGAAGAGUGUUCCCCCUCAGCCACCAAGCCGCUGCCCCUCCCACUGGCCCAAGCUCCCUAACUUUGGGCCAAGAGGCAGUUAGUGUUUUACUUGGAGUUUUUAACUUGACAACUAAAGUUUACAGUAUUUUGGAAACUAAUGGAUCUGCCAAUGGCUGGCAGGCCAGUGCUUAGAUCUAACUGCCACGGGGCUGAGUGAGGAGGGGUUGCUGGCUCCACUGGUGCCCCUGCCCCUGGCGUCUCUCUGGGAUUUGGGUCCAUCCUACCUAUGGGAAAUCUCCCUGCCCGCUAGGCUUGGGGCAGGACGGGAGAGGGGUAGAGGUGUCCCUUCGCUUCCACCUGCCCUAGCAGCACCUUGACCCAGGGACAGGGAAGCGUGGUAGGAAGCAUCAUAGGAGACAUCUGUGUGGCCUCUAUCAGGAGCUUGACACAGGUCACAUCUGCCCCAAGAGCAGGAGCCCAUGGCCCAGGAGAGCCUUCAUGCCCUGGCAGCCCUGUGGACGGUACCAUGUGGACGACACUGCCUGCUGGCACUCCUUGUGCUGGGGGCUGUGAGAAAGCCCAGGAGCGAGAACUACUGGGGAGGACUUCCCUGGCCCCUCCCUGGUCUUGCUUAGCCCAGCUCUGCCUUGUUGCUAAAGUUGGGGGUCCCUGCAGAGGGGCUGGGCUUUGCCCGUUACACUGGGCAGACUUACACUGGGCUCAGCAUACUGUGGGGGUUGAGCAGAGCUGGUGUGUCCGGGAACUGGGGCUGGGGCUGGGGCUAGGGUGGGACACUCAGGCCUGGGUCUGUCCCCUGGCAGUCCCCACGGGUGGGCACUGCUCUUCCCGCUUUUCUAUCACCUCAGCCUUUGCUGGGUAAGUGAAGCCCAGACCGGGAUGCUUGUGUUCCAGGCCCACCUCCCGUCGUUUAGCAGCCUGUUUAGGUUUGGGGGUUCCAGUGAUGAUCAUACGUAGCUCAUCAGAGAAGAACCUGAACAGCUGGAUUCUACACAGUCUGCCCAUCGGGCAUGAGAGACCUGGUGGGCAAUGAAAGUUUCUGGAGAGAGGUUGGCGGAGCUAGGGGAAGGUUCUGGAAGUUUAAGCAGCAUGGUGGUGUAGAGCAAGGGUGCAGUGUGGCCCCCGAGGAGGGACAGAGCAGAAUUGGGAGGUGUAAGUGAGAAAAGGAUGUGGGAGAGAGUUUAGAAUCAGGCUGCCUUGGGGAGUAGUGAGUUCCCUAUUGCUAGAGGUAUUCAAGCAAAGACUAGAUGUCUACUUGUCAGGAAGCUGUUGAGGAUUCAGGUGAUGGAAAGGUAGCUGGAUGAGAGGACCAUUAAGGUUUCUUUUUACUGAGAGGAUUAUGAUUCAGCCAGGGGCACCUGUCGGUUAGGCUGCAGAAGGCCUGGUAGCCUGGAAGAGGGAGGAUCAGAGUUGUAAACUCAAAUGCCUUACAGGGCCAGGCAGGUGCUUAAAAGGAAGACUGCAGGGCUGGGUGGGGAUAGUGGCAAACUAAGGGGGCAUAUAUCCCAUUAAAGCAGCUGCUGCUGCUUAGCUGUUCUGAGUGUAGGCCCCACUGUGCCAGAUGGUCUGAUUUUUUCAGAGGCCAGAAUUCUGAAUUUUUAUGUGAAGUAUGCUGGUUUUUAAGUGUUGGCAAUCAGUUCAGGAAAUUUAAAAAGCCAAUAUGAAAGAGAAUGCCAGUUUGUAAUCUCUGCAAUGGAGAGAGCUUGUGCUGGGAAGAAACCCACUGACAUGCUUUGAGGUAGGAGGUAUGACAGUUCAAGGCUCCCAGAGCAGGCUGGGCCAGGGCAGGGGCCUCGCUGCUGAGGCUUCCAGAAGGCCCCACGUUCCUCCUCCUCGCUCUCCCUGCAGACCAGAAACAUACCAGAGACCCCUGCGGUUGCCAUGUCACCAGAGGUGGUGGAGUGGAGAGUGCAGUUCUCAGCCUGCCAGGGAGAAGGAUGGUGCCUGGGAAGCAAAGAAAACAGGAGGGAGGGAGACAGGAUGCCUUUGCUGACCAAGUGCCCGUCGGGAAGCCACCAGCGCUGGCUGCUCUUCAAACCGGCAGCUCUUGGCCCAGAACCAGGCCCCCUAGGGAGGCCAGCUGGUCCGUCCCUUGGGUCCUCACGAGUCACUGGGCCCUGGGGACGUACUUAACCUGUCCCCAGCCAGGCCAAUCCGAGGGCCAUUGUGACUCCUGACGCACCAUCCCACCCCAGUUUUCAGGGAGUAGGGUGGUGGUCCCUACAUUUACCUGAGGCAGAGAUGGCUCAUUCUGGGGAGACAGGAGGCCUUUUGUGGGUCUGGAUGUGGGUGCCUCAUGCAGGCCUCUCAUCAGUAGGGAAGUUGCCCCAUUCGGCUUUCGGGGAAGAGAUGUAAGAGGGAGCUGGGAGCGUGGGUCAGGCUAACAUGGGGAAGCUGCUCCUGGUACAGGAGCCUAGAAGGAUGCUCCAACCCACAGGUUCCUUCCCCAGGUAUCUCUGGGGAGAAGGAAUCGGAAUGAAGUCCCAGCCCCUAUUGCUGUCUGAGGGAAGGAGCUGGUCACCCCAAACUGAAAAUCCCCAAGCACUCCCCCUUCCUGCCUGAGACCUUGGGGCUGUGGAGACCACCACAGGACACAGCGGUGCUUUUUCAUUUAUUUUGAACUGUUUCUCAUAUGUAGCAACCCCUCCUCCCCUCCUGGGCGUGUUUACACAGGCUCUGCUCCCUGGGGCUGGCCUGGCUGCAGAGUUUCUGGGCAGGCAGAGAGGCAGGGGCUCUGGGCCUUAGUCACCAUCCUCCUUAUCACCUCAUCUCACUUCCUGUGAGGGAAGGGGCCUGGCCCCUCCUGAUGCAGGACUGCCUUCCAGCUUUCAGGGUGGCCUCCUCUGCUCCCAGGGCUGGGGGCUGCUGGCUGAGGAGGGGUCAAGGUGCGUCAGGUUCCUUGUGCUCCGUGCAGGUCAGAAUGCUGGGAAAUUGGGGCAGAGAGCCUGUCAGCCACCUGCCAGUCCUCUCCUUCCCAUGGCAUGGCCUCAACACACAGUCAACACACAGCCACCCUCA